GACCUUUCUGGUGUUCUUCUUACCAAAGCUCCAUUGCUCCAUUGUUAUUCACCCACGCACCACGGUUUCUCCCGAUGCCGAAAUAUCACGGAUGGUGGGCUGGUGGGCAAAAUAGAGAGUGCCACGUGAUUUUUCGCGCUAGUUCAGUUUUCCUGAUUGUUUGAGAGUGCUCCGUACAAUCUCCAAUUUCCUCCAGCAAGGUCUUGAUACCACCCACUCUACCUCCACCAUUUUAAAUCUCCUCUCCAUCAGUUGCACAUUUGUAGCAAUUGAUUCUCCUUAAUACCCUUUGUCAUAUAGACGUUGGUCAAGAUGUUCAGAAACGCUCUUAAGCAGUCCAGCAGGACGGUGGGCGCAAUUUCUGCUUCCGGCAGAAUUGCCACGCGAACUGCUGUUCCAGCAACUUUCAACGCAGCAUCAAGAUCAGUUCGAAGCUACGCAUCUGAUGCUAAGGCAUCCCCCACCGAAGUCUCUUCUAUUCUUGAGCAAAGAAUUAGAGGUGUUCAAGAGGAGUCCGGUCUCGCCGAGACUGGACGUGUUUUGUCCGUUGGUGAUGGUAUCGCUCGUGUACAUGGUAUGAGCAAUGUCCAAGCCGAGGAACUUGUCGAGUUCGCUUCCGGUGUCAAGGGAAUGUGCAUGAACUUGGAAGCUGGUCAAGUCGGUGUUGUGCUUUUCGGUUCUGAUCGUUUGGUCAAGGAGGGUGAGACCGUCAAGCGUACCGGAGAGAUUGUCGAUGUUCCCGUCGGAAUGGAGAUGCUCGGCCGUGUCAUUGAUGCUCUCGGAAACCCAAUCGAUGGUAAGGGACCUAUCAAGACUACCGAGAAGCGCCGUGCGCAACUCAAGGCUCCUGGUAUUCUCCCACGUCAAUCCGUCAACCAGCCAGUCCAAACUGGUCUUAAGUCCGUCGACGCAAUGGUACCCAUUGGACGUGGUCAACGUGAGUUGAUCAUUGGUGAUCGUCAAACCGGAAAGACUGCUGUUGCUCUCGAUGCCAUGCUUAACCAAAAGCGUUGGAACGAUGGAAACGAUGAGACUAAGAAGCUCUACUGUGUCUAUGUUGCCGUUGGACAAAAGAGAUCCACUGUUGCCCAAUUGGUCAAGACUCUCGAGGAGAACGACGCCAUGAAGUACUCCAUCGUUGUUGCCGCUACCGCUUCUGAGGCCGCUCCUCUUCAAUAUAUCGCUCCUUUCACUGGUACUUCAAUUGGUGAAUACUUCAGAGACAAUGGCAAGCAUGCUCUUAUCAUUUUCGAUGAUCUUUCCAAGCAAGCUGUUGCCUAUCGUCAAAUGUCUCUUCUUCUCCGUCGUCCUCCAGGAAGAGAAGCAUACCCAGGUGAUGUUUUCUACCUACAUUCCCGACUUCUUGAGCGUGCCGCUAAGAUGAACGACAAGCUUGGUGGUGGAUCCUUGACUGCUCUUCCCAUCAUUGAAACUCAAGGUGGUGAUGUAUCAGCUUAUAUCCCAACUAACGUUAUUUCUAUCACUGAUGGACAAAUUUUCUUGGAGGCCGAACUUUUCUACAAGGGUAUUCGUCCAGCCAUUAACGUCGGUCUUUCCGUCUCCCGUGUCGGAUCUGCUGCCCAACUUAAGGCCAUGAAGCAAGUUGCUGGUUCCUUGAAGCUUUUCUUGGCUCAAUACCGUGAAGUUGCUGCUUUCGCACAAUUCGGUUCCGAUUUGGAUGCUGCUACCAAGCAAACUCUUAACCGUGGUGAAAGAUUGACCGAGCUCCUCAAGCAAAAGCAAUACUCUCCUAUGGCUGUUAACGAAAUGGUUCCUCUCAUCUACGCCGGUGUCAACGGUCAUCUUGACUCCGUCCCAGUCAACAAGAUUCUCCAAUGGGAGGCUGACUUCAUCUCACAUCUUAAGACCAACGAGUCAGACUUGUUGGCAACAAUUGAUAAGGAGGGUGCUCUCAGCAAGGACCUUGAGGCUAAGUUGAAGGACGUUGUCACCUCUUUCACCAAGAGCUUCGUCUAAAUCAAUAGCUAAAAUAAAUUCAUGGUCAUUUCCUCGUUAUUCUUUUGUCCCUUAGCAUGUGGGCCUGGGCGAGCUGUAUUUUGAACGUUGUGAUGAGGAAAGGAAAAAAUUUAGUUAUGGUGGUAUGGAGGGCAGGAUGAGUGAUGAAUGAUCGGCGGAAGAUUUGAUAGAUCAAAAUCAAAGCUGUAAAAUAGAUCGUCAAUUUUUCCGCGUGUUGUAUGAUUACAUGAUUCAUUGUGUCAAUUCGAUGUUUGCAAAAGUGAUGUUACCAAUGGUGACUCGCAAAUUGGAGAAGCAGAAUCCUAAAAUCGAGUUUUCAAGUAUUUCACUAUAUUUCGCUACAUUUUAUUGUCCUAGUGCAAUUCACUGUUUGGAUUGAUUUCAACCUCCAAAUUCGACCCAACAGUUAGAUGCUUGCAAUGCCCAAAUGCAAAUCCGACAAUCAAAUGUACUUUCA